UAGGUAGGAGUUGUAAUCGCAUCAGUGCAAGUCGAGGCACAUAGCGCGAACCACCACUGCCCGGAGGUAACGACGGACAGACACAUCGACAGUCGUUACCUGCGCCGCGCGUCUCCAGUUUGGAUCAAGAAGCGAUCCGGCGAGAGGCAAGAGAUCUCUCUUGUGGACUAUCUCGCCAUGAGGAAUCUCUGAGCUGGCAGUAACAUAACUCCCGCGGCCGCUCGAAGCUUCCCCUCGGCUGCUUCCAAAGGCUUUGCCCAUGAGCAGGUAUCCUUUCGAGUGUGAUUCUGUUUUCACCCAGAUUUCUGCUGCCUGGACAAAUGCAUACAAAUGCAUUUAGGAGCUCAACGGACAAGGAGUGGACACGUUUCCGCGGCAGCGACGUGGAACUUUCUACUGCUCCUGUCAGUAUGCUCUGCAGCACUCUCUGUAGAAGAAGACGACCUAGCUCAAGGAGUGGAUAUCCUCUAUCAACUCGGGCUCACAGUUCAGAGUAUAACAGACCAUCCAUACGAAAGAUCUGCCAAACCUUCAGCCACAUAUACCACUGUUCCCUCAACUAUAAAUCUCCCAUUUUCUGGAUAUGGGGUAAUACUAGAUUCAAACUCUCUUUAUGAGGCUCCUGUGGGCAGUCUCUUUCCUCCAGAGUUUGGUGAGGAGUUUUCUGUUGUUAUAAGUGUAAGCUCCUGGCGAGCAAAGAACGCUUUUAUUUUCAGUGUCAGAGAUGGCAGAGACAGACUGCGCUUUGGCAUUCAGCUCCUACCACGCAGAGUGGUGGUCUACACAGCAGAGAAAGCCGCCAUCUACUUUACCUACAACUGGCAUGAUGGGCGCCAGCGUCCUUUUGCUAUUGGUGUUCGCGCACGCUCAGUGUCCUUCUAUUCGGAUUGUGGAGCAGUACACCAGCAGGAGCAAACCCUGGGGAGGUCUCAGACACUUAGGAAUUCUGGUGGUCAAUUCACUUUGGGGAGGCUGAACCCUAAAGCUGCACCAUUCAAUGGGCGAGUUUGCCAACUAGAUAUAUAUCCUUCGGCCCAAGCUGCUGCACACUAUUGCAACUACCUUAGAAAACAGUGCCGGCUGGCCGACACGUACCGAUCGUCUUUGGGACAUCAUGGUUUGACUAUCGAGGCAAAAGAUAGCCCCUUUAAUACCGUAACAAUGUCCUCUCUUGGAACAGCAAAUAUUCAUCAAAUGCUGAUGAAUUCCAAGGGAACAGUGGCCUCUGACAGUGUGCGCAAAUAUUAUUCAACCCCAAGCCCUAUACCAGAAGCUCAUCUCGAAGACCAGAGCCACAUUUCUGCAUUUGAAACCCUUGUGAAGUCUACUAUAUCCUCUGAUCACGCUGACAGAGAAAAUUCCGCUACUCUCAGUGGGCAACCAGCUCUGGAUUUCAUAGUAACUGUAACCACAACCAAAAACAUGUUAGCCAAAGGACCGAGACUCCAAGGGGAAGGACUCUGGAACAUCUCCAUAAUCAACUCCGGGGACUCAAGUUUUGGUCCUCAAGAGGGUCAGCAGCAACUGGAGACUCAUCCAAUGGCUGGUGACACCACUUUUUAUCAUGAAAAUAAUGUAGACUCCUUAGAGCAACAUCAACUGGAUGGCAGCUAUGAUGACCGGGACAUGGGCGGAUAUGAUUAUGGGUACGAAGAGGAAGACCUCUUGUAUGACUAUGAAGAUGGCUGGCGUGGCCCCAAAGGAGAGCCGGGUCUUUCGGGUCCUCCUGGUCCCCCUGGUUUACCUGGUCCUCAAGGAGCAAGAGGCUCUAGGGGUCCCAAUGGUCCACCCGGAAAGCCUGGACCAGCAGGACCACCUGGACCCAAGGGUGCAAAGGGAGACCCAGGGCUAUCUCCAGGUCAAGCUUCACCAGGAGAAAAGGGUGACAAAGGGCCACCAGGUCUGGUUGGUUCUGAUGGAUUUCCAGGUUUGCAGGGUCCAAAAGGUUAUCCAGGACCACCUGGGCUGCCAGGAAAACAAGGCAUACCAGGACUUCCUGGGGAAGCCGGGUCUGCAGGUUACCCUGGCAGGCAGGGUGCUACUGGCCCAGAAGGUAACCCGGGGCCUAAGGGGAUUCGUGGUUUCAUUGGACUUCCUGGUAUAGCUGGGCCACCAGGACUGGAGGGGGAGAAAGGCAUACUUGGUCCUCCUGGAAAACCUGGUAUCAAAGGAAGACAGGGUGUGGUGGGUGAAAUUGGUGAACGGGGGCCAACUGGUCCUGAUGGCAGUGAGGGACUUGUUGGUGGUACUGGUAUUGCCGGCUUUCCGGGCCUAAGGGGAGACCUGGGCUCUGAGGGUCCUCGAGGAUUGCCUGGUAUGGUCGGACCGAAGGGACCAGCCGGACGAGCUGGCCUGCCUGGAUUGAAAGGUGAUAAGGGUGAAGUGGGACAACAGGGUGAACCAGGAGAGAUUGGUUACCAUGGUGAUAAGGGUGUUCCUGGUGUAUCUGGUCCUCCCGGUCCAAGAGGAAAACCUGGACCACUGGGUAGAAUUGGAGAAAGUGGGGUACAAGGCCCACCAGGCCCUCCCGGACCAGAGGGUUUUCCAGGAGACAUCGGCAUGCCUGGGCCAAAUGGACCACCUGGACCAAAGGGUUUGCAAGGUGCUAGGGGUGUCCAAGGCCCAAUAGGACCAAAAGGAACACAGGGUGAAGAAGGUCCACUUGGUCCAUCUGGGAAUGCUGGUCCAAAUGGGCGACCUGGAAGAAAAGGCUAUAUAGGUGAACCUGGUCCAGAUGGUCUGCUGGGAGAGAAAGGGGACAUUGGAAAUGUUGGAAAAAUUGGACCACAAGGUCUUGUAGGACUCAUAGGGACAGCUGGCAUGAGUGGAGGUCCCGGUGAAAAGGGUGACCGUGGACCGACAGGUUCAACAGGUCCAGCAGGAGAGAAAGGGCCACGAGGAUAUCCUGGGUUACCUGGGAAUCCUGGGGACAUCGGCAUGCAAGGUACACCUGGACUACAGGGGAAGAGAGGGAGUCCCGGCAGUGCUGGUACAAAGGGCCGUAGGGGGCCUCGAGGUCCUGAUGGCCCGCUGGGAGAACCAGGCCUCCAGGGCGCCAAGGGGGAAAUUGGUGAUAUUGGGAUAAAUGGAGAACCAGGUUUCAUAGGCAAAGUUGGCAUUCCAGGAGAGAGAGGCCUCCCUGGGAAGCCUGGUAAACCAGGUAUUCCAGGCAAUACAGGGGAUAGGGGACCCCACGGUGAUGCUGGACCCAGAGGACCUCCUGGAGAGGCAGGACCUGAUGGAGAGCAAGGACCUGAUGGUGGCCCUGGUGUUGAGGGGGAACCAGGUGCAGUUGGAGAGCCAGGGUUAAAGGGUGAUGUUGGACCUCCAGGAGCAGAAGGAGAGCAGGGACAAGAGGGAAUUAGAGGCCCUCCUGGUCCACCUGGUGAAGAGGGUCCACAAGGGAAUGAUGGACCCAAGGGUGAGCCUGGUGAGUGGGGUCCAGGAGGAGAGCCAGGGGACAAAGGGAUAGAAGGAGCCUCUGGAUCUGCAGGGCCACCUGGACAACCUGGGAAACAGGGCUUCCGUGGGCCAGAAGGAAAACCAGGGUCACCAGGAAACAGGGGACGCAGUGGAAAGAAGGGUGAGAGAGGUCCCUCCGGUCUUGUUGGUGAACCUGGAGACCGUGGAGACAUUGGCCCCCCAGGCGAGGCGGCGCCAAAAGGUGCCAGAGGAACUCGAGGGCCUCCUGGUCGGCCUGGGAUCAUGGGUAUGGAGGGGCAACCGGGAUUGGCAGGAUACACAGGUCAUCCUGGCAAGCAGGGGCCCAUUGGACCCCCAGGGCCUAAAGGUGAAAAGGGUUAUCCAGGUGAGGACAACAAGACCCCAGGACCACCAGGGCCCUUAGGUGAACCAGGGACACCAGGAGAGCGGGGAGAUCGUGGAGAGCCAGGAGAUGAAGGAUAUCAGGGACACAUCGGUACCACUGGAUUGCGUGGGGCUGUAGGACCACCAGGCCUACCCGGAUCACCAGGUAUGCCAGGAAAGCCAGGCCCGAAAGGAGAGAUGGGUUCGCUGGGCUCAGCAGGAAUGAAAGGAGCAAGCGGGUUGUCUGGAGCUCCUGGAGUAGAAGGGCCAUUUGGUUUACCUGGACCCAAAGGCAUGAAGGGUUACCCCGGACCUGAUGGUCCUUCAGGACUCAUUGGCUUACCAGGAUUACCUGGAAAACAAGGACGACAGGGCCAGCGAGGCUUGGCGGGACCGGUGGGUACUGCUGGACGUCCAGGUACUCGGGGCAGUGUUGGACUCCCAGGACCACCUGGAGAACUCGGACCACCUGGUCAGAAGGGUGAGAUUGGCCUGCCAGGAGAUCGGGGAUUGUCAGGGAUCAGAGGGAUGGAGGGGGCUACCGGUGACCAGGGCAUGAAGGGUGAGACAGGAACCAAAGGGCAACCAGGGGAACCAGGUCAUCGAGGGAUGCUUGGUUUGCAGGGCUUUCCAGGUCCAAAGGGUCCAAAUGGUGAUGUGGGAUUGAAAGGUGUCCUUGGUCCCAAGGGCCCCAUGGGUCAUCUGGGAUUCACUGGACCAGUGGGGCCUGAAGGAAAGACGGGGCCUAUGGGAAAACCUGGGCCACGAGGUCCAAGAGGAAGCAGCGGUGAAAUGGGCCCCCAAGGACCACAUGGAAGUGCAGGACCCAGAGGCCCCCCUGGUGCUCCAGGUCCUACAAGGCAACUACUAUAUGAUGAUUCAGAAUUCGACAGCAUGUCUGACUCUAAAGCAGCCCUCGGAAAAGAGAAUUUUCAAGACACUGAGGAGAACCUGCCAGACCAGAAUUCUGCGAUUUUUAAGACUUUGCAUCACCUGAGCAGCAUUAUUGAGAGCAUCAAAAAGCCUCUGGGAACCAGAGAGAACCCCACUCGCGUCUGUAAAGACCUGCUGGACUGUCAUCACAAGCUAAAAGAUGGUUGGUUCUGGAUUGAUCCAAACCUUGGCUGCACUUCAGAUGCUUUCCAGGUCUUUUGCAACUUCACUGCAGGUGGUCAGACCUGUUUACAUCCACUGGCCACUAAUAAGAUGGUGUUUGGUGUAGGGAAAGUCCAAAUGAAGUUUCUUCAGUUACUGAGUACCGAGGCCAGCCAUAGCAUUGCACUCCAUUGCUUAACGGAUCAUUCCAACACCACCGCUGACGGCUUCAGCUCUCCUGGCCACAUACAAAAAGAGAGCAGCAAUCUUCGGUUUCGAGGCUGGAACAAUCAAAUAUUUGAGACCGACACACUACUUGAACCAUAUGUGCUACAAGAUGGGUGCAAGAUCCAAGAUGGCAGCUGGCAUCAGUCACAUUUCUUCUUCCAUACUCAGGAGAGUCACCAACUACCUAUUGUAGACAUAGAGGAAAUUCCCGCACCACAUCGCAAUGUUCAGCAACAUUUUGAAGUUGGUCCUGUCUGCUUCCUUUGAAGCUAAAAUUGCCUCUGCCCUAUCACAUUAAACUCCUUGAUUGGUUGGUUGUCUACCAAAUGUUGUACGCAAAAGAUUGUAUGAGGAAAAUAAUCUGUCUAUAUCUGGCUAGUGACAGACUUUCAUAGACCCACUUACAGUGGGUACGGAAGGUAUUCAGACCCCCUUAAAAUGUUCACUCUUUUAUAUUGCAGCCAUUUGCGAAAAUCAUUUAAGUUAAUUUUUUCCACAUUAAUAUACACACAGCACUCUAUAUUGACAGAAAAAAAACAUUGAAUUGUUGAAAUUUCUGCAGAUUUAUUAAAAAAGAAAAACUGAAAUAUCACACAGUCAUAAGUAUUUAGACCCUUUGCUCAGUAUUUAGUAGAAGCACCCUUUUGAGCUAAUAAGAGCAUGGGAAUAAUGCAACACCUGGAUUUGGGGAUGGUCUGCCAUUCCUCCUUGCAGUUCCUCUCUAGUUCUGUCAGGUUGGAUGGUGAACAUUGGUGGGCAGCCAUUUUCAGGUCUUUCCAGAGAUGCUCAAUUGGGUUUAAAUCAAGGCUCUGGCUAGGCCAUUCAAGAACAGUCACGGAGUUGUUCUGAAGCCACUCCUUCGGUAUUUUAGCUGUGUGCCUAGGGUCAUUGUCUUGUUUGAAGGUGGACGUUCGGCCCAGUCUGAAGUUCUGAGCACUCUGGAGAAGGUUUUCGUCCAGGCUAUCCCUGUACUUGGCCGCAUUCAUAUUUCCUUCGAAUGCAACCAGUCGUCCUGUCCCUGCAGCUGAAAAACACCCUCACAGCAUGAUGCUGCCACCACCAUGCUUCACUGUUGGGACUGUAUUGGACAGGUGAUGAGCAGUGGCUGGUUUUCUCCACACAUGCCACUUAGAAUUAAGGCCAACAAUUUCAAUCUUGGUCUCAUCAGACCAGAGAAUAUUAUUUCUCAUCAUCUUGAAGUCCUUCAGGUGUUUUUUAGCAAACUCCAUACGGGCUUUCAUGUGUCUUGCACUGAGGAGAGGCUACUCUGCCAUAAAGUCCCGACUGGUGGAGGGCUGCAGUGGUGGUUGACUUUCUAGAACUUUUGCCCAUCUCCCGACUGCGUCUCUGCAGCUCAGCCACAGCCUCUUUGGGUUCUUCUUUACCUCUCUUACCAAGGCUCUUCUCCCCCAAUUGCUCAGUUUGGCCGGACGGCCAGCUCUAGGAAGACUUACAGUCGUCCCAAACCUCUUCCAUUUAAGGAUUAUGGAGGCCACUGUGCUCUUAGAAACGUAAAGUGCAGCAGAAUUUUUUUGUAACCUUAGCCAGAUCUGUGCCUUGCCACAUUUCUGUCUCUGAGCUCUUCAGGCAGUUCCUUUGACCUCAUGAUUCUCAUUUGAUCUGACAUGCACUGUGAGCUGUAAAGUCUUAUAUAGACAGGGGGUGGCUUUCCUAAUCAAGUCCAAUCAGUGUAAUCAAACACAGCUGGACUCCAAUGAAGGUGUAGAACCAUCUCAAGGAUGAGCAGAAGAAAUGGACAGCACCCGAGUUAAAUAUAUGAGUGUCACAAAAAAGGUUCUGAAUACUCAUGGCUGUGUGAUAUUUCAGUUUUUCUUUUUUAAUAAAUCAGCAAAAAUGUCAACAAUUCCGUUUUUUUUUGUCAAUAUGGGGUGCUGUGUGUACAUUAAUGAGGAACAAAAUGAACUUAAAUGAUUUUAACAAAUGGCUGUUUUAAAGGUGUCUGAAAACUUUCCGUACCCACUGUAAUAUGUAUGGACCACCCGACAGAUAAGAACAGCUGUAUUUAUCAAAUAUGUGUAAAAUAUGUUUUUGCUUGUUUCACUGUUAAUCAAAUGGUGCUCAGGUUGGCUGUAUGGAUGCAUAUAGCCCCCUGAUCACAGGGUUGGGCCUCACUAUGCCAAUCAAACCCCUACAGACACCAUCCCUUACCACAGACACACCCAGACCAUUCUAUGCAGAGGCUCAACGAAGGAGUGUGCAAGGCCUCUAAAUAGGAGCACUGUAUAACUAUAGAUCUAUAUGAGUGCAAUAGCAUGUGGAUGUUAUGUAUUAUAUCCCUUCAAAGGCUAUAUGGAUAUUGUUAUCAUUAUAUUUUAUUUUUAGUCCUACACCGUCGGACCUACUCAUCUUGACAGAUGGUGCUCUACCUCUACCUUGCUUUCAAGAAUGGUUGCUUUUAGUUUAGUCUUUGUUGGCUUUGUGUAUGUACCGGUUACAUCAAGGUUUAUUAUGCUGUAAAAGUACUUAAGUUGAGUUUGUCCCUUUUAAUUUAUGAACUGUUAUAUUUAGUGUGCUUCAUAUUAGUGUAGCCUUGCUUAUAUGUGGUAGAUUCUUCAGGGGAAUCCUAUCAUUGGUGCUGCAACAAAGAAUGAGUCAUCAAUUGGUUUUUGCAUUUCCUGUGUAUAUUUGGCCAACAUACUGUAUGUUUAUUUAUAUCCUAUUUUGUUUCGUUUUCCACAUUACUGUACAACAGUAAGUUAUACUCUCAGAGAACUAUUGGUUCAUCCACACUUAUAGAAGUAUUUAUAUUUUCAUGGUGUUUUUCUUUAUUCACACCUGCAACUGUAUGUUUAUCACACUGUUACUUCAGUUUAUUCAGUGGACUGGCAGCUACAAUGGGCCAGAGUCAGAAUUUGUUUAAACACAGCCAUCAUAUUCUUAACUUUUGUUACUUAACUUACAUUACUUUGAGUAAAGUAUGAUUUUAUAUAUAUAUAUAUGAUUAUGGAUGAAAAAUAGUUGGGUGCAUAUGUGUAAAUAAUAAAUAUGACGACAAAUAAAUGGAAAUUUGAUCCAACAA